AUGUCUUCCAUGACAAAGAAAACUGGAACGUCGGGACAUAUCUCCACCUCGUCUAACAACGAUGUAGACCUCGAGAGUAUUGCUUCGAUCAGUGAGGCACUAGCGGAUAUCCAAGACCGACUGCGCUGCUACCAUCGCAAGAGCCGUCAUGUCCGGUUUUCUGACGGCGAUGGGAUAGAAACUAUCGAAGUCCUCGUAAAGUUUAUCACCGCUACUCAGAAGUGUCUGGGGGCCCACUGUGAACAGCUUGAGAACAUUCGUUCCUAUAUCCAGGACAAAAAUCUCGGUAUUGUCAGUGAUAACAUGGGGGCUGUGAAUAAGCACAUUGUCGCUAUAAAGGGGCAGAUGGAAGAGUCGGUACGAGUUGCGUCACUGCUUCAGGUGCGCCUUGAGCUCCUACAGAAUGACCACGCCCAGCUUGUACAGGCCAACCAGAAGAACAUUAAGAAGGCCUUGCCGAGUAAUCAGGACGAGGAGGAGCGCCGAAGAGCACCCCGGAAAGGGCCCCAAGAGGAGCCAACAAGAACGAUGGAUUAUAAUAUAUAUUUCGUGCGAACUUUCUGCAUCGCCGCGUUAUUACUCAUGGCUUAUCUAGGAUACCGCGACGUAUUAUUCUAUGAGGAAGAAUAA